CAUUUGCAUCAAUGAUAAUGCUACUGAUAAUGCCAACACAGCACCCAAAACCAUCUGGCGGGCUCGAGAGAAGCUGCGUCACACUGGGUGGGAAAGACUUUUUCCUUCCACAAGCGCCACUAUAUUGAUAAGCAAACGGAAGCCAUCGCCUCCUAGGCAAAUAUCGGAUGCCAUUUGUAGCACGCACGCAUGCGCGCACGUUGAUGCUUGGACCUCCAAUGGGUGCAAGCAACGGAGAGGGAGUGGCAGGAAGCUUUGUGCUUGCUGCAGACGUCAGUCGCGCGCGGGACCACACCUUGCCUCUGAGCCUGUUAGUGAGUGGACGGACGCAAGAUCUAUUGGAGAAGUGGCUAUGGUGACACUCGACCUCAGGGCGCUGACGGCGCCCGUGGGCAUCGUGAGGAUACUGGAGGUGAUCUGCACCUGCAUCUCCUUCGGCCUGGUGCUGUCGCUCGGACACACUACCAACUCCUUCUGGACGUGGCGCUUGUUCACUUGGGGCUUCUGCCUCGCCGUCACCCUCCAAGUCCUCUUGCUGGAGUUCCUCAGCAUCAACGCAAAGCUACCUAUUUCCUGGGAUGACUUCACCACUGCCUUCGCCAUGUUGGCCACGCUCAUGGUGCUGAGCGCAUCCAUCAUCUUCGCCAACUUCUUCACCUGCUCUUCGUGUUCCCAACCGAUCGCCGCUUGCGUCUUCUCCUUCCUGGCCUUCAUCCUCUACGCCACCGAGGUGGGCUUGACCCGGGCCAAACCCGGGGAGAUCAGCGGCUUUCUUUCAACAGUGCCGGGUCUCCUGAAGGUGCUGGAAGUCUACGUGGCCUGCAUCAUCUUUGUGUGCUUGCCCUACAUCCCGUACGAUCAAUCCCCGGGGCUCCAGUGGUGCGUGGCCGUCUACUCCAUCUGCUUCAUUUUCGCGCUCCUCGUCAUCAUCUUCACCAUAUGCCGACUCCUCGCCGUCUUUCCCGUGCCGUUCGAUAAACUCCUUAUCGUUUGUAACGUGCUGGCCGUUCUCAUGUACAUCACCGCGUGGCCCUACUACAGCUUGAAGGACAACCCCCGACCGAGCAUCUGCGACAACUUCCCAAAUUCAUGCGGGUGGAAUUUUUUGGUGGUUGUCACUUUCAUGACCUGCGUCAACCUCAUUGCUUACGUCGUGGAUACGUUUUACUCCUUCCGGCUGGUCUUCUUUACGAGUCCAAACUAAAGUCUGGUUUUCGUAUCGAGCUGACUUCUAUUGAAUGAUAUCGAGUCGGAAUUUCUUGGCAUCUUUUGAUGUAUUUGUUGUUGGCGCAUUGUUCGCGCUUUCACUCUUAAUUCAGCCGCUCAUGUUGACGUGUGCAGCAAAUGAAUAAAAAUGCUCUUUUUUUCGGUGCCACUGGACAGUGAGUGAUGGAAGCCGUGAGUGAGUUAUUCAUUAACGUGCCGCGCCCUUCGCAUUUCAAAGUCCGCUUGCUUGCUUGCUUGCUUGGGUGUGUCGGGGUGGGUGUGCAUACUUUCAAGCGCACGUAGCGGGAGUUUUGGACAACGCUUCCUUCCACACAAUCUGUCUAUUCAGGCU